AAUAUUCCAGACAAUGCCAAUUAUCCCAUAUUUUUUCCACAGUUGUAUCGAUUGUACCCUAAUAAUCAGUUUUAAAGCCAUCGUGAGGUGUUUAUUGAAAAAUCUCAUGCGUCAAAUCCCAUUUAAAUUGGCUCAAUACAUCAAAGUGGAGACGGAUUAGCAGGACACAGAAGGCAUUAAUUGCACAAAAUAGCACAUGGCAUUAACAGAGGAAGGAGUUGGAAAUUAUUGAGCUAGAUAGCAGUCAGAUAUGAUAGUCCUUUAUGUCACAGAUUGGGAGGAACUUGUGGGCAGAGCCUUUAUUAUUAAUUGCUUUUUAGGGCGGGUCCUAUGAGUGGGUGGAGCUUUGGAAUUAUUGUCCAGUGAAUAGAUUUUUUACAAUGGGAAGCAUUAUUAUUGCAAUAUUUAUUUAUAAAUUGUAUUACUAGUUUGUUCAUAUAUAGUUUACUUACAGAAAUUGUUAAAUGCUUAUUUUCCAAGAGAAUUAGGGAAUUUCAGUAGCCAAAAAUCAUGUAUUCUUUUCCUUGUCAGAUCAAUGAGAUAAGCAUUCUUUUGUAGAAAGUUUAGUGCCCUCACUUUGUAGUUUAAGAUAUCUAUUCGCAUCUAAUUUCCUUUUUCCUACGACACAAUUCCAUAAUUUGCUGCAUCAAUUGCAGCAACUAUAUUCGAUUUAUGCAGAAAAUAUUGUAAUCACGCCGAGCGUGCGACUGUCGUACUGCUGAAGUGCAUCUCUGUCUCACCAGCCAAUUCUCCCAUAUCAUUCCAGGCAGAUUGAAGAUUACAUAAUCGACCGACGACCAGUUGAAACAAUCCGAUUAAGAGGCUGGUUGUACGAGUCAAUUCAUUAUAAUUUUUCCGCUCUUCUCGACAUUUUCCCAUUCAAUUUUUCACGAUGUGAUAUUUUCUGAAAUACACACAAUUACAUGCAGUUCCGGAUACUUUUCUGUAAUAAACGUUAUAUUGAUUUAAAUAGAAAUAUCUCAAUGAGUUGUAAAGAUUGAAUUUGACUUUUUCAAGUAUUUACUCAGGACUCCCUCCGUCAAAUCAUAUCCUUGAAGAGUUUCAAGCUUUCUGGGAAAAUGUAUGACGACAUAUUUGAAAUGUAUCGCCAGUUUAGCAAUUAUAAACAAAUGGAACUCAAGUCCAACCCCUUUUCAUGCACUCCUCUGUGGGAAAUUAUCACAUUUCACUCCUGGCAUGCGCCACAGUGGGAAAACGAGCUUGCUGGCUGGAUGAGAUUAUACAUGGUUUUCCACCUUAUGUACAAUUCGUGCGCGCUCUCUCUCUCUCUCUGUCUCACAUUUUCACAAAGCCUGGGAAAAGUAGAGAUUUUCCGCCCCAAGUCGGAGAGCGAGUGAGAAGUGAAAUACAUGCAGUUAUUCACCGCAGAAAGCCCACCUUAUAAAAGCAUUUGUGGUCUCUGUGGAAAAUUCAGUUAAACGGGAGCCGCGAUUGACGUCUGAUCGGUGGAUCAUCCUUUUUCCAUUGGGUUGUUUCAAUGGAAGCUUUGCCUUUGAUUAAUUUGUGGUGCCACUUUUCUCCACGCGAUCCGGAGGGUUAUUAAAAACAUCAUUUGCGUGUGUGAUCAAUUGACGAUUGGCUUUAGAGAUUGCAGUGUGAAUUUUAUUCAUUGUGCAAUUCAUUCACGCACAAUUGGCAAGAUGGUCGCACGGAAUCUCUCAAUACAAGAUCUUCCCUAUUCGGGACUCCUUCAAGUUCCGGACGAGGAGCGAGAGUUUCUCACGCUGGAGGAGUUGAAGCCUCAUCAGUUGACGGAAUUGGGCGUCUCGAGUUGUUCGCAACAGCCACAAUUCGGGCAGCAAAUCUACUUCGAUCUCAACACUCAACAGACAACGACAAAUGGAAAUUGUGUCUUUAUGAGUGGAAGUGAGCUCUCGAUGCCCAAUCAUCAUCUCGACCGUUUGGAUCCAAAUUCCAUGAGUACAACUGACACAACCAACAGCCAUUCGCAGAACUCAUCAUCCAACCAUAUGGUCAGAGGGCAUCUGAGGAAGAGGAAAUGCUCCUACACGGAAAACAGUGACCUGGAGGAGGAUACGGGAGAUGAUGCGAAGUCUGUGAGAACGGAGGAUAAUAAGAAACAAAAUCACAGUGAAAUUGAGAAGAGGCGGCGCGACAAGAUGAACACUUACAUAAUGGAGUUGUCCUCAAUGGUGCCCAUUUGCCAUGCCAUGUCGAGGAAGCUGGACAAGCUCACGGUGCUGAGGAUGGCGGUGCAGCAUCUCAAGACCAUUCGAGGGGCCGUUCAUUCCUACACUGAGGGACACUACAAGCCCGCCUUUCUCUCGGACGAGGAGUUGAAGAUGUUGAUUCUGCAGGCUGCCGAGGGCUUCCUCUUUGUUGUGGGUUGCGACAGAGGGAGGAUACUUUACGUGUCCGAGUCUGUGUCACAGGUACUCAAUUACUCCCAAGGAGACUUACUUGGGCAGAGUUGGUUCGACAUUCUGCACCCCAAGGAUGUGGCCAAAGUCAAGGAGCAACUCUCGUCGUCAGAUUUGAGUCCGAGGGAGAGAUUAAUCGACGCCAAGACGAUGCUUCCGGUGAAAACCGAUGUGCCACAGGGCUUGUCUAGACUCUGUCCAGGGGCCAGGCGAUCAUUCUUUUGUCGCAUGAAGUGCAAAGUGCCGGUGCAGGUUAAGGAGGAGAUGGACGGCUCAACCAAUGGUCAUAGGCGAAAGAAGCAGAUGAACAGCGAUAAGAAAUACUCCGUAAUUCAAUGCACGGGAUACCUCAAGUCCUGGGCGCCGGCUAAGAUUGGUCUCGAGGAGCAGGAGAGCGACGGUGACGGAGAUUCGUGCAAUCUCAGCUGUCUCGUGGCCAUCGGCAGAAUUCCGCCAAACAUCUUUGUGCCCAACGUCACGCCACCGAUCAACAAUAAUCUAAAUCUGAGGAGCAUUCAAUUCAUCUCCAGGCACGCCAUGGACGGGAAAUUUCUCUUUGUCGAUCAACGCGCUACUCUAAUCCUGGGCUUUCUGCCUCAGGAACUCCUCGGCACGAGUAUGUAUGAAUACUAUCAUCAUGAGGACAUUCCCUCCCUGGCGGAGUCCCACAAGUCCGCUCUGCAAAUCUCCGACAGAAUCACAACUCCUGUCUAUCGCUUGCGCACAAAAGACGGCAGUUUCGUGCGUCUCCAGAGCGAAUGGAAAUCAUUCCGGAACCCAUGGACAAAAGAUGUUGAAUAUUUAAUAGCCAAGAACUCUGUUAUAUUAUCGGACAGCAAAGUUGACGAUAGCAGCUCUUGUGGUGGUAAUGUCGCCAACGGUACCAUGUACAGAACAGGGAAUGGAGCUGCAGAGAGCAAUGCUCCAGGUCAUUUUGACUUCUUCAACCAGAGCAAUGGUCGGGAGAUGCAUAGGAUGAUAAACACUCACAUUGAAGCGAGCAAGAUUGGUCGACAAAUAGCAGAACAAGUUCUGGAUCACCAGCGGAGAGUGGGAGAUUCCUCAUCAGAGAGCAGUCCAGAUCCUGAGACCACAGAGACGAAUCCUCAUCAGCACAUUGCAAUGUCCGAGAGCAGCAUUUCAAACAGCGAAAUGGCGCUGGAUCGGCGCACUGCACCGCCCAAUGAGCAGAGAUUGAACGGAACGCUACCGGGCUACUCUCAAGUGAGGAACAAUAUUGUGCAUCCAAAUCACUCCAGCACGGAAGUCCUGCAGAUGAUGACAACUGGGGAUGCGCCCAACCAGGCAGGGACAACUGAUGGCAACGACGAGGCCGCAAUGGCAGUGAUCAUGAGUCUGCUGGAGGCAGAUGCUGGUCUGGGCGGUCCAGUGGACUUCACGGGACUCCCUUGGCCACUUCCAUGAGAUUAAUUUCCACCUUGUCAAUCACAAACACACACAAAUAUUUAUCUGUUAUCAUCCACAGCUUUAUUAUCCUAAGCCAAAGUGUUUGUAGGUGAACAGGCAUUUAUGGUAUUGAUGUGAAAAAAAAAGAUUGGUGUGCCAUCGAC